GGGGGUGGCCGCACCAUGUCCUUGAGCCCAAAGCACUCCACUCCCUUCUCAGUGACAGACAUUUUGAGCCCGAUGGAGGACAGCUACCGGAGGUUUGGAGGUAUGGAUCCCGCUGCGGGGAGCCUCGGGACCCCGCUGGGCGCCUACCGGCAGCAGCAAGUCUCCCAGCCGGGUAUGCAGCAUCAACAGCAGCCGCAACAACAUCAGCCACCUCAUCUCCACCAUCAUCACCACCACCAUCACCAUCACCACCUGUCCUCCUCCUCUUCAUCCUCAUCCUCCUCCUCUUCCUCAGCCUCGGCCACCGCAGCGGCCGCCGCUCUGGGCCCCGGAGGGCCCUAUCAUGUGUCCCACGGGGUGCCACAGUUCUCCGGGGCCGUCGGAGGGUUCUGCAACGGCGGCAUCGGGAACGUCGGAGACCUGCCGUCGUACCAGGAGACGGUGAGGAGCGGAGGAGCGGCGGCGGCGGCGGCGUGGUACAGCAACCCGGAGCCCAGAUACCCGACAAUUUCCAGAUUCAUGGGCCCCUCCGCCGGGAUGAACAUGUCCGGGAUGGUGGGCAGCCUGGCCGGGAUGGACUCCACCGCCAAGUCCAUGGUGACGCUUCACGCCGCGCCGCGCCGGAAGCGGAGGGUUCUCUUCUCUCAGGCGCAGGUGUACGAGCUGGAGCGGCGCUUCAAGCAGCAGAAGUACCUGUCAGCCCCGGAGAGGGAGCAUCUGGCCGGGCUGAUCCACCUCACCCCGAACCAGGUCAAGAUUUGGUUCCAGAACCACCGCUACAAGCUGAAGCGGCAGGUUAAAGACAAAGCUACCCAGCAGCUGCAGCAGGACGGAAGCGGCGGAGGCGGAGGCGGCGGCGGCGGCGGAGGCCUGUGCGCCACAAGCCGCCGCUCCUCCUCCGCUUCCCCGGUCCUCUCCAAGAACGGUAAGGCCUGCAGGGCCGACUCCAGCGGCUCCAACCAGACCGAGAACCGACAGAGCAGCUCGGGUGAGGUCUUGACCGCGACCCCGCAGCAGCAGCAGCAGCAGCAGCAGCAACAGGUGAACCAGCUGUCGUCCACGGAGGAGCUGGAGGAUUUGUCCCCCAGUCCGCCGAUGGGACUGCACGGUCAGAUCAACAUGACCCAGACGGACGCGGCGCUCAUUGAGUACACCAACAGCAUGAUCGGCUCCAAUUUACUAUACGGGAGAACUUGGUAGGGAUACCGGCAUGUUGACAGGCGGGAUCGGGCCUGUGGGAUGUCAUUCCCGGGUUGGAUUUUUUGGGAGAACCGGCUGGAGGACUGUUUUUUUUUAUAUAUAUAUAUGUUUCCGUGCGUAAAGCUCUGGUUCCUUUACGCACACCGGGACUGAAAAAAACACUUGGCUCAGUGGUUUUUGGGCAUUAAAGUGCAAAAAUAAAUUGUAUAUUAAAAGGCUUGAACCUGG